GGGCCGGCCGCGCGGGCCGGAUCCUAGCCUGGGCCUUUCACUCUCCGCGGAGACGGCGAGCUCUGGGGAGGGCUCGGUCUCCGGCUGUUGGAGGGGCGAGGAAGGGCGGGUGGAGAGCCGGCCCCGGUCCCACGCCGGCGAGUUUGCCGCAGCGCGCUGGUUCCGGGACCGCAGCCCGCCUUGCCAUGUCCUGGCUGGGACACGCUUUUUUCCCGCUGGUGCCCAGGGCAACCAGCCGAGGACGCGCAGUCCCUUGUGCCGUUCGCUGGUGUGCAAGCGGCCCCUGCGCGAAGGGUGUCGCAGCUGGCACGGCGGCGAAGUCCCGUAUUUAUCGGUGACGUUUGUGCAUCUCGGCGUAAUGAUGUACUUUUUUACAUUUAUUUCAUAAUCUGAAAGAAGAAUAGCAUUUGGAAUAAUGGCAACAGGAGACCUAAAUGGAAGUUUAAGAAAGAUUGAACAAGGACUUCGCUUGUUAAAUUAUCCAAGAGAUGUGGAUUAUACAGUGUUAGUAAAGGGUGAUCCAGCUGCAUUUUUACCUAUCAUCAGCUAUUGUUUUACAUCUUUUUCAACUUGCAUAGCAGAGCUUUUGGUGAAGUGUGAUGUGGAACUGACAGCCAAGAGUGACUUGCGUUUUAUCGAAGCUGUUUAUAAGUUUCUUCGAGAUCAAUUUCAGUAUAAACCAAUUUUAACAAAAGAGCAGUUUCUUCAGGUUGGCUUUGCGGAAAGAAAAAUGCAAAUUGUUUGUGACAUUAUCAACUGUGUGGUGAAGAAACAUAAGGAGUUGAGUAACUCUAGUAAGGUUAAAUCCCAAACAAGAAAAAAAAUCAGACCUUUUAAAUUUGAAGUAUGGUCAAAUUGUGGUAAAGGUCUUGCUGAUCCAAGUCGCAGUGCUCUGAAUUCUAAACAGAAGCCUCUAGUCGAACGGCACUCAGGAAGUGAAGUUAUUGGUGAUCUUCAUCCACUGCCCCUUCCAGCACAGGGAGGGAUUGAGGAAGAAUUGUGCCCAGAUCAUGAUAUUGUGGAAGUUAAAUGUGAACAAGUCAUAGAAGAAAAUUCACAAAUUGAGUUUUUAAAGAAUCAGCUUGCAGAUUUCCAGGAAAAGCUUCAUAAGCUAGAUUGGAUGGAAGACAAACUACAAGUUUUAGAAGAGAAACUGCAAGGAAAGGUGAUCAUAGAUGAGAAGGACUGGAAUAACUUAUUGAAUCGAGUUUUGCUUCUUGAAACAGAACUGUUGUUACAAUCCAGAAAGAGAGACUUACCUAAAGAGUUCAGCAAUAUAAAUCAAAAAAGAACUUCUAGUAGCAUUCCAGUUUCUCUUGAUACAGAGAGGAAUGAGGAGAUGCCAGAGAGUCAUCUUCAGUCGUCUGGAUGCAGUUCACUGUUAUCCACAGACCAAUCUCCCAGAGACAUGACCAUUAAUUCUCAUGAUCUGACAGACAUUUCAAAGGAGACAAUCAGACAAAGAAUGGAAAAGAUAAGUAAAAUAAUUGAAGAAACCUUCAACUUGUUCAAAACACCAAGCCCACCUCUGGGAAUACCUGCAAGCACAGGUCUUCAGACCUGUUCUCUGCACACUUACGGAUACCAGAAAUAAUCUGUAUCUUUGUACAGUGUUAAAUUUUUAAUAUAUCAAAUUUGUAAUGAUCACCAGUGCUUUUAUUGCUUUGAAUAAAUAUUUUACUCAUGCAUCUUUGUAUUGAUUUCCCUCCCCACGACCACAAUUUUUGGUUUUAAAGACUGUUCAAAUAGCUUCUUCCCCUCUCCUUGCACUUUUGUAAAUUGAAGUCAUUACAGCAGUGUAUUCUUGUGUUGACAUUUGUUAGCAGUGUGCUAAGUAAUAUGUUUUUUAAAGUGUGGGCUUGAGGACUGUGGUUUACAUCCUGUUGGAAACAUUCCAGCUGGAACUUGCAUAUUACACCCAAGAGGCAUUCUUACAUACCAUCUUACCAUCUGUACUGUUGAAUAAGUCUUAAUAAAAAACUUUCAUACGGUUUCAAAUAUGUACCUUUUUUGCUGUUUUUUAUUUUUAAAUAUAAGUUUUCAUGCUGAGCUGGAGAGCACCAACACUUUAUGGCUUCCAUUAACACUGACAAAGUGAGGGUCAGUUUGAUCCUAAACACAAAAAUGUGCAAGUAAGUCCACAGACUUUGACUGCAAGGGAUGUGUUGAGUGUUUUAGUGCUCUUACCCAACACAUUUUAAGACCAGCAGCACAGAUGGAGACCAGUCAGUAUACAAAGAAACACAACAUUUUCAUUAUUUGAAGCCAUAUUGAGAUUUCUGUUUAGAGACAUAAGUAGAUGUAAGACUUCCAUAAACAUAUGAUCAAACCAAAGAUGUGUGAGGCUUGAUUAGAUUUAUUUAAUUGUUUAUUGCUUUUUGUAAAUUGGUAGUCUAUCAUAUCAAGGUUCCUUUGUGUUUUAAUACUUCACUUUAAAAGAUUUUUGGAGUUUAAUAGACCAGUCAGAAUUUUCUGGGGGGCAGAGUUUGCAGAUGAAGGCAAAAGCAGGUGUUUGGCAUGCUGUAAAAAGUAAUUUCUAUGUUUUAACAAUAACUAUGAUUUUUUUUCUAUAACCAUAUGGAAUAUAAAUGGACUUUAUUUUACACAAAAACAGAAGAGCUUAUGGUAAUAUGUUAUAUAAAGUAGUUCUGGGUUUUUUAGACUUCUGUGAAUGGAUUUACUUUUUCAGUUGUUUAAAAAUAAAAGAACCUAUGAAGA